AGAAUGUCAAGGAUAAGCCCUUCUUCCAGCCUGUCUGUAAUACGCCGCAUUAGAUGUAAUUCAUCCAAGACCAAAUUUUCAAUUAGAAUGUUAAAAAAUGGAAGUGAAUGGCAUCCUGGUGGCCUUGACCAUGUAUCAUCGAGACUUCUGGCCAAUACGCCAUUAAGAAAGUACUCACAGGAGUGUGACGCGUUGCACCUGGGAACCAGUAAGUAAAAACAGUUAUCCUCAUUGCAGUCAUCAUUAAAUAUACAGAGUAUAUUGCUAUUUGCAAUCAUAAAUUAAAAUAAUAUUGGAUGAGGCUGUAUCAUAUGACUCACUAUCAUCUUAAAAGGACAAAAUGUACUUUACUGCAGUAUGUUGCAAAAAUCAAAGCUCAUAGUGUAAAUAAUUUCUGUUCUUAAUUUGAAUUCUGCCUUUUUGGUAUUAUGUCAAAAUUAAUAUAAAUAUGCCUUCUAACCUCUCAUUUUUAUGAAUCUUAAACUAAUGCAGCUAUUAUUUGAUGUGGCUCCUUUCAUGCCCAUGGCAAUCAGUAAAAACUUGAACAAAUAGCGCAAACUUGUUUAGUCCUUCUGAUUAAUACUGCUGUUAUUAUUAUAGUUCUUUCUGAAAAUACUCCCCAGAUCCCAUAAUUUCAAAAAUCCUGCUUGUUUUGACAUAUAUGAACAAUGUUUACUCUAUCCGAAAAAAAUAGUAAAUAUGUAAAAAUAAAUUAUAAAGGAGAAAAUCACAAAAUGUAUUAAUUGAAAGUUGAUACGUUUAAUUUAUGACCAAAAAUAUUUAUAGGUAUUGUAGGAGUGUGUUCGAGCAACUCGACCGCUACACGAUGAAGUACUAGCCUGAAGAAUCUGAUUUACCUCUUGGUUUUUAUUCAUCUUCGACUUCUGCUAACAAUCUUAAUCUUUUAAAAUCUUCUUACUCUUCUUCUCUACUCAAUCCUAACCAACUAGUUCAACUAUAUAGUUAUGUAGCGGUUUUUAUAGCCAAAGCUGCGCGUGUUUGGGUUAACUGACCGUGGGAAUAAAAUCAAGAUGAACUCGGUGUGGGUAAUGUUUUGGUAUUACUGAACCUACAUAAUUGCGAUCGGCAAGAAGCUACAAACCAAGGCAAUGAAAAACUAAAACGCUGGUUAAAGAACCCAAACAGGAACUUCAACGAGACUAAUGUACCAAGGUCAGCUCUAACAUCACAAACACGCGGACCACCUAUGAAAAACUUACAGCUGACAAUGGCAAGCGAAGAAUAUUCCUAAAAUGACAUUAAGUAAACUCGUGAGCUAAGCAAAAAUUCAAGUCAUUUGACGAUUAAAAACAAAUAUGGUCAAGGUAAACACCUAUGUGGAAAAACCAAGACUAACCUUAACUCACUUAAUCAGAAACAAAACGAAACUUAAAAUAAAAUACAAAUCUUAAAAAUAACUUUCAAAAUACUUCACAACAGUAUUACUCUUUACUAUUACAGACAUCAGGUCAUUUGAAUGUUUAGCGAUGACUUGCAGUUUCCUGCGUCUUGAUUAGAAGCUAAGUUCUCCGGCUGAAAAUGUUAGUAUUACCCUGGUCCCUUACGUUUUUCUUGAAAUGUUUCUCACUCUCACGAGGAAAAAAAUUUCUGAGACCAGUAUAAGUUAUUACUUCGAGGAUUAAGAAUACUGACUUUAUUUUAGGGAUACAUUUGCCGUAAAAUAUUUCGGCCAACACGACAAAUCUAAUUUAUUAUAAUCUUUUUUUCUUUUAGCGUCAAUAGGGUCUCCUUGUACCAACUGUGAAGAGUUUAACAUGGCACCCAAUCCCGCAUGUCCAAUUCCAGUUGUAGACUUUGGCGCAAUGAGUCUAGACGUCAAGGAUCCCGAUCGAAGCAACCAAGCUGUUAAAGACCUUGCUAAACAAGUAUACCAAGCUUUCAGCACAAUUGGAGUCGUUUAUAUUACAAACCAUGGAAUCCCACAAGAAACGGCAAGUCUAUCCUGUUCUAACCACCCCGUCUGAUUUCUACCUAAUUCGAUUAUUUGUCUGCUGGAUAAUUUUAUAGAGGAAACAAUGUCUCUAGUAUUUGUUGGAUCACUUUGUGGUUCACUUUGUUAAUGUAUCUAUGAUCUUGCAGAUUGACACUACUUUCGAAACUUAUGACAAGUUUUUUAACUUGAACAUUGAUGUAAAGAAGAAGUAUGCAAAGAGAACCGGAACGACCCUGAAGAAUGGCUGGGAUAAGCUUGAAAGCGAAAGGUAUUCUUACUCGAAUUAUAUACCUCUACCGAAGAAAAUCCUUUCAAAUUAAACCUCCUUUUGAAAUGAGGAGUCCAAAAAGUAGAGACCCAAGUGUCCGCCACUUAGUUGUAUAUUUGCCUGGAAACGAGGCUACUUGGGCAAUAAUGAACUUAAAGAAAUGGCGUUCACGGACUAUCCGAAGACGAAAUAGCUGAGAACAAGAAAUGCAAGAUUACGUUAAACACAUUGCUUGAUCUUUUUAUCAUAAAAUCGUUCUGAGAAAUAGGCAAAAAAUUUGAAGAAAGUCUACGAGGAGGUAAGCUUGUAAAGAAAUCAGAAAUACUUUGAAUGAAUAAUAAAGUAAUUAUUGAACUUAGCUCUCGAAUGAUACUCAGCUCAUUCAAUAAUUAUUGUGUUUACAGUUUCCAUAGAAACUGUAAAACACUAUGCAGUCCUGUCGUGUGUCCGUAAUGUCCGUAAAGUCUGCAAGUAAGAUAAGCGAUAAUUCUGAGGGCCAGAGGCAAAAUACCGUAUGAUUCAUUUCGUGAACAAGGAAAAAUCUAUUACGCUCAAGUCGUUGCUUGUCAUUAUAUGAAUUUAUUUUUUCCAAUCAAAAGAAACUUUGCAAAAAAGGGUAAUUGUGGUCAUCCGUGUGCUACAUAAACAUGAAGGCGAAGCGUGACAUGUUUUGCCAGAAAAAUGAGCGUGGCCUGGCGUCGAUAAUUUUUUUGUUGCUCGAUGCGAGUAAUUUUCCAUUUCCUUUUCGACGCUAGUCUUCGGUGUGCUGCAUGUAUGACAUGAAGGUGAACUGGGUAACGUAAUACGUCAGAUAAAUGAGCGUCAUAUGUGUGUCGAAUUAAGAAUUUGUUCAUGCUUAGCGUGCGUAUAUCAGGUUAUGGAUGCACGCGGGAAGUUUGGAGAGCACUCAAGAAGCUAGAGUUGCACUCGGCUAUCGCCACGUGCAACUCUUACGCAUCUUUCGUGCUCUCCAAACUUCCCGCGUGCAUCCAUAACUCGAUAUACGCACGCUAAGCAUGAACAAAUUCUUAAUUCUUCCAUGCAAGAAAUCACUCUUUGUCCUCUUUAUUUUCUUCGACAAAGCAGGUUACUUUUCAUGCUUAUAUGACAUAUCAGGCCGAUAAAAUCGCAAGUGCCAACAUACAUAAACGUCACUGAAUCGUAGUCAGCAGUUACCGGCCCUGUGCAACGACUUAUUACAUUUUUGAAUCCGAAAAGUUUACGCUUCUUUUUUUCUACGACUGACAGUGAGCGACCAAUAACAUCGCGACUUAACUGAACAAUCACGUCAAUAACCAGAGUUUAAUACCAUCAACUGACGUGAUACAACUCACUUUAACUCUGAAGAUGACUACCGCAGAGGUUGUCAAAACGUCAGACGGUCACUGUCAACAACACUUCCAUUCAAGACUACGUUCACCCAGACGACCAUUCUCAAUGAAUCUACUUACGAAAUGACUCCUGCAGCUGGGCCCACUUGUUCGAAGGCCGAUUAGCGCUAACCCUGCGUAAAACUUUAACCCACGUUUCUAUUUCUUUUGUUCAAAAGCAUUUUACAGAAUAAUUUUCUCAAUUCUUGUUAGAGCAUCAAAUCAUUAAAUUGUGGACAAAAAGAAUAAAACUUAACUGAUUUGCUUUUUAAAGCUUUCAUAUCUGAAUCGAAAUUUUGCACUGACCCUGGGAUAUCUUAACCCUGCUUUGAACAACCCAGCCCAUAGUGCAAACCUUCACAGAUUUGGACAUAACUAAAAGUGUAAACAAUAACUAAUAACUAAUAUGACUUCACCGAACCUGUGUGUCAAAUUGUAGAGCCACCGGCAAUAUGAAAAGACCUGCGGACCUCAAGGAAUCGUUUGACUUCUGCGGACUGGAAGAUGAAAAUUAUGUAAGUGUCAGUCAUUGUUUUACUAUCAAGAUAAAAGUUUUUGGGCAGCGCCUAGGAAACUCUGCGAGAAACCACUUAGAAACACAAUUUGAACCAACCCGAAUCCGCGACAUACAACUGACUGUUAAGGUGGCUGAACACAGUUUUGGCAGUUUGUGAGUAUAUGUCAUUUACCAAAUCAUGGCAAGAGAAAGGUUGCAGCUCACAAACUAAAACAUGGCAAGUGAAUAAUGUACUGAUGAAAGAGUUUGACUGACAGGUAAAAUUUGACGUUUCGUAGUUUCCAUGGCAACAUGAACGAUUGAAUACAACUUUAACAUUUCACUUUUGCUCAGUUUACAUGAAAUUCGCUCAUUAGAUUUUCCUGUAAACUUGCACACAGCUUACUAUGAUUAAUCAUUACCAUGAAACUUAUUUGACCAAAUUUUAACAGACGAGUUUUUAGAUAAUCAAUAACAUAAUUUUACCUGGAGUUAUGAAAACCGGGUUAGCAAACAUUCUGUAAUUUUUCUUGACUUCCCCUGUCUAAUAGCUUGUUUACUGUGUUGUUUGCUUAUGUCGGUUUGUUUUGUUUUGUUUAAUGCUUGUUUUGUUGUUAGGGAUUUGUGUAGAAGUGGAUGUAGACAGAAUUACUAUCUUACCCCCCCACCCCCCACCCCUCCCAAUUUUUUUCCCCACCCACAAUUCUUUCUUUAACACAAGUGACAGUUAUUUCAAAUCAGCCCGCGCCUAAAGCUGGUUUCGGUGCCGUUUAGCUGUUUAGUUUUAUAUAUUGGUCACCUUGAGAAAAGUUUCGCGGAAAGCAUCAUAUAAAGCUCUGACAUGGGACAAAGUUAUUACGAUUUGCAGAGUUUGCAUCGUCCACUAUCGUAUUAUAUUCUCGUUUCAUUUGGCUUAACAGAUCAAUCACCCUGAUCCGGGCUGAGACAGAAAGGUACGGCAUUGUCCACUUUUCUAAGGUGACCACUAAGUCUUUGGCUUUGGGAAAAGGCUCUUAGGAGUCAAAUGAAUUAGGUGAGAGCAAAAUUGCGGGUGUACUUUGACCCGGGCCAAGACUUCGUUUUUUUCUGGUGUGAAAACAAGGCUAAGGUGAUCCGCCGACCGUGUGACUCUACACCCGGGAACUUGAAUAAGACGAGUGUAAGAGAAAAGCCCAGAGGUGUUUAUCUGGCAAUAGGCUAAGUUUUUCCGAGUUAUUCGAUAAUAUUUCGCUUAUGUUAAACUUGAGAAGAUUAUGCGUGGUUGUGGAUAGUCUUAUCAGUGCCGCGAAAGUGUGUGAUUGUGUGAUUUCCGCAUGGUGUUUACAGGUAUGUGAUUGCGUGGUUGAACCGCAGUUUCGCCAAAAUAUUCUGUGCCAGCCAUUAAUAUUGUUUCGUUGGUGUUUAGCUUAGCUGAUUGUACCUUGGAAAAAUAACUCUUGACUCAGGAAAAUUGGAUCUAGGUCUCAGUUUCAGCGGGCUCUAAUGGCAUUACACCAUAGGCCGCUCGUGCCUUCGGCCUACGGCCGAAGAUGUGUCGGCCUUCGACCAACACCAAAGAUUCCCACCACACUCGAGAAAAACCUCUGGUACCCAGGGUAAGUGGUAGGAUGAGUUGAUAUUUUUGCUAACCCGGUUCUUUUCAAAAAUCCAGAUAUAAUAUUAUUGUUCUGUAAUUAUUAAAUGUGUCAUAAAAUUCGUCUGUUCAACUUCCAUUUUAAAGUUCUCAUCAUUUAAAAUACGAUAAAAGUAAAAAUUCUGCCAAAUGAGUAGAUUUUGAGAAAUCGUCUUCUGUGUACCAUUGCUUUUUCGCCGCCAUGUUUGUUUCUCUAAUUUAAAACACGCGCCGUUACGCGAGUUACCGCUGACCGCCGCAAAACUGUGUAUCAGUUUCAGCGGAUCUGUGUUCCAGUCUGAGUUCUAGGAAAUUCAGCACUCUUAAGAAAAAUCUCCAUAGCUUAGUUACCUUAUUCUAUACUCAAAAUCGCAUCCCUUUUUCUCUCAAACUGAACUACCAUGUAGAGAAGUCGUUUUCCAGUGAAACCAAAAUCUGAUUGGGGAGGGUUUUUUGAAUGAUCACAAAGAUCUUGUUCGCAGACUCUCGGCAAACUGACGUCAUUUAGUCAUAAGCUACUUGUUCAUUUGACUAACAGGAGUUGUUAUUAAUUCUCAAUUCCUGCUUGGCUCUGAUUUGCCGCACAGAAGUUACACUAACGUAUAUGUAGCAUUCUCAACAAGAAUCGCCGAAAGGCGAUUUUUAACUGGGCUGCCAAGGGGCUAUUUUUUCUGAAGGGAGGGGGCGGCUAUACACACUCAGGCUACCAUAAAACCUUGUCGGCAACCAUUGCAUGCGACAGAACCUCAUAUGAGACUGAAACAUAAACUCAUUCAGAACAUUGUACCCUUUUGAAAGACUUUCGUAACUAAAAAAAAAGAGUACCAUUUUUAAGUGGGGGCUGUAUAAUAACUUUUUAAAUUCCACCAUUAUGAGUAAAAAUAAACAAGUUUGCCAUUAAUUGUAAGCAGGAAACAAUUUGCAUUAUUUCCACGUACCCCUCCCCCAAUCCCUCUGUGCCCCAAAAUAUAUAGCGUGACAGUAUAACGUGACUAAUUUGACGUAACUGGAAAUUCCAAAAAUUGUUGUCGUUCUACGAGCAUAAAAUGCGACAGACUGAGCUGAUUUACACUAGACAGAAAUAUUGUAUUGUAUGAAAACCAGAAGUAUACUAAGACAGACAGAUAACUGCCCAUUGAUUCCGCCUGAUCCAGGGGCCUCACUGACUGCACGGAGACUUUACUGCGCUUUUCACAAUCAUGCGAACUCUAAAGUUCAAAAGCCACCUUCACAAUUGUGUUUAUCGCUGCCGUCAAUCAUAAUUACGAUCACAAGCAACGAACCUUGAAACAGAGAAACACACAAAACGGAUCGAAAUCCACAAAUCACAAACCAUGAUCUUUUGAACUCGUGAAGUAAAGUCUUGUUUCCUUAGAGGUCCGUUAAGAUGAUUGACAGCAGCGAAAAACGCAAUCGUCGGUUGGCUUCUGAACUUCAGAAUUCGCAUGUUUGUGAAAAGUGCGAUCGUAAUUUGCAGUCCACAGUCUACAAGAAAACGCACUAUUUUUUCCACAAGAUGAAAAAUAUUCAGUUUUAAGAUUUUCCUCACGGUAUUUUUCUCUAAGUUAAAGGAAUAAAAUCCUUUGCAUUUUGAGACCUAAAAAAGUUUAAAGAUUUCUCGCUCGCAUGUUGCGUUCACCAGCACGCACUUCAAACAAUGUAAAUAGAUGAAACGAUCGAUAACAUAUUUUUUACCUGAUACCGAUGCGAGUUAAAAAUUCGCUCCAGUUCUGUUUGUCUCACCCAAGACGAACUUUUGUCCAUGGAAGAUAACUAUGCCGCUUUAUAACUCGUCCGAAGUUUUUGUGCCAGCUAAACAAUAUGGAAACACUAUUCACAGUGACUCCUUGGAUAUUAAAAAGACUGAACGUGACGCACUAUUAUGUCUUUGUUUACUUCUCAUCACAUCUUCAAGCGAAGUCUCUCUUUUCAAGCGAUUCAUCUCAAUGCACAAUAAUUGACCCUUAUAUUAGUUAAAACCCUAUGGUUCAUUUAUAUUAAUGCUGUUUUUGCCCCUCACAUUGACUGUGUUCAUACGUAUUCAAAACACCUUCACGAAAAUAAAGGUCGUAUAAGUCAUGUGUGUUAUGUUUCGAGAUAAAUGGAUUAUACGCUUUUUUAAGUUUCCAUUUUGCGGUGACUUCAGUUUACAUCUCCAUAAAAUGGUAAAAGAAAUAUCAAGAAACAUCACGAGAGCUGAAAACUUUCAAAGGCAUGUUUCUGAAACUCGCUAAUGCUGACAUCAAUAUAGCGUGCUUGGGCGAAAACACAGAAUUGUGAUCACAAGAUCAUGUACAAAUUUAAUGAUAAAAGCUUAGCAAGAUACAAAUACAAACAAAAGCAAACCCCCUGAAACCUCGACGUGGGCUACACUUGUAUGCUCUACUCAGUCACCAAACCUUGUCAGUAAUGUAUCGGUCAAAUCGAAGCUUCAACAUGCCCCCCCCGGGCAACCCCCCGGGCAUUUGACUUUUUUGAAAAAUUUUGUUCAAAUUCCCCCCUACCAGGGCCAAAAUGCGGUUCAAAUGCCCCACACUAGGGUCAAUUCAGGUGAUCAAAUGCCCCCACUCCGGGGACAUUUCACAGGCACAAAAAUGACAGAAGGACGGCGGAAACGCCUUCAGUUGUCGAACAAAAUCUUUAUAAAUAUAAAAAAAACUGAGAAACGCGGUUAGCGUAUUUACUACGAACAAAAGUCUCGUGCAAAGCGGCGGAAAUCGCUACUACAAGGUCACUAAAUGCUCAGCUUUUCUUCGUCAUGCAACAUACAACGCGUUGAAUAAAAAAAGAUCCCACCUAUUGAGAUUACUACAUCAUGACCAUUUCACUGACAUGCAUCAUCGCUCAUCUUAUUAAUUAACAUACUUACAGUAGGUAAAAGUAGUUAACCUGAGCUUUUUAUUCUAUUUUAUGUUGUUGUAUUGAAUCGCCGGUAUAGGUGUUGUAUUUCAUUGUAAACUCAACAAUAAAAUACAUUCAUACAUUCAAAGCCUGAAUCCAAUAUUAAAAAUUUUAAAAUUUUAAUCCUUCAAAUACGCACAAAGCUUGUUUAAGCCCUUUCCUCGUAAACAAUUGGCCAUAAAGGCACAAUCUUUUCCACGAAAAUCCUAAAGAUUUUACAUGAAAUCGAGGGUGCAGUUCAAAUUCCCCACCCCUAAAGCAUGGGGAUCAAAUUCCCCACCCCCGAGAAGACUCUGAUAAUCAAAUUCCCUCCUCCCCGGGACGGCAAAGGUGUCAAAUGCCCGGGGUAUGCCCGGGGGGGGCAUGUUGAAGCUUCGAUUUGACCGAUACAUAAUAGCUCCUAUUUUCCUCAAGUCGCUCUCUGUGAAGCUCCCGGAUGUCCCGGUGAAGCUUUAAACUUGUGUGCGAAAUUCUCAGAGUCCCUAUUUUUGUCCGUGUCUUCUUUAUCCUCAGUAUCCGAAAUUUAGAUCUCCAAAGUGGCGUGUGUUGCAUUAAAUAGAAGGAAAUAUUUAAAGGAAAAGCCAGUCUUCUAACAUGGCAAAGUUGUCACGUCCCUCGCUCAUGGACGUGCGUAGUGCCAUUCAUCGGCAACUGAGUUGUUCGCUUCACUGACUACAAAGGGUUACAAUCAAGUCUUCAGCCAUAGUGUCGUCAGCUGGUGAAAUACCUUGCUCAUAAAUUGUGCUUCUUAAUUGCUCAUGUACUACAUCGAUCGAUAAUUCUCUCUUUGAGUUCCCGAAGCGGCCACGGCGUUGUUCCAAACCUGACGCUCACAGUCAUCUUUUAGUGUGAACCUACCGUGAACGGCGUGUCGGUUUGAAUGCAACGCGAGCAUUUCUCUGAGUUUCCCAGCGCCAACAUCAUCUAACUGACUUAAACUCGAACAAUAAAAAAAUUAUAGAGUGCCUCCCAUGAUCGAAUCGCUUCGAACAACGCAAAUAGCCUUCUUCAGGUUCGCAACGCUUUGUGGGUUUUUCAGGGGGAGCGCAGACGAGGUACAAAAAGUAUCCGUGCAAGGGUUCGUGCAAGAGAAACUCAUAUGAAACCAUUAGUGAGAACAUCGUUUCUCAGUACCAGACCCUCGUAUCUUCCCUCCCCCGGGAGGCCGUUUUUCGCCGCAGACGACCGAAAGCCCAUUUUAUGACUGGGCGCACAGGCAGCCCAGUAAUAAUCAGUAGUCACUUGUCGUUUUACAGACUUGGCCCAAUGAGGAAGUCCCAAACUUUCAAGACACUGUGAAAACCUUUUACGAGGACACGACAAACCUUGCUUCAAGGAUGAUGUCUGUCAUAGCCAUAAGCCUUGAUCUGGUACGAUCGAUUUUAUAGUUCUUAGUAUUAUGAUCUUAUGAGCGAAAGGAUUUGCGUAUUUGUAUGUGUAAUCAAAUGGUGACGAGUGAAAUUAGGGAAUAAUUUCACGCGCGUUUUGUCCAAAUCCUAAUAAUUUCCCGAGCCUUUAGGCGAGGAAAAUUAUUCCCUAAUUUCACGAGUAUACCAUUUGAUUACCUAUUAAUAUCAUGGGUGACGAAUUACGUUAGUAAACUUGGAUUUUUGACAUGUUUAUCGGCCAUGCAUGUUUAUCCUUUUCUGGAUCGUAUCGAUCGAGAACUCCACUCUCUCAAAUGUUUAGACCUUAAAUUUGGCUUACAAAGUUCAGAAUUUCUCAGACUUUUUCGGCAAAAUACCUGUUAGAAUCCUUCUUGAUGUUCUCUUGUGUGUUCAGGUUUUCUAAAGCGUCUUUUUGUGCCCUGACAUCUUCAUUCACGGCAUUUUUCAAACUUCGUCGCCAUCUGGACACUGAGACGUACGGAAGGGUUGCCAUGGCAAUUUUGUAAUUUCACAUGUGAAAUUACAAAUUAACGCUGAAAUUUUGCGCCAAAAUUAAGGAGUAAUUCGUCACCUAUGAUAUAAAAAAUGUAAUUCAAUCCAAAGGUCUAAGUAUAAGAAAGGAAAACAAUCUUAGAUUUCACUGAAGUGUGUAAGCCACGUAAAAUUUUGUUCUUAUAGCCAGUACAUUUAGAACACUCCUCUGUAAUAGACCCCGUGAAACCCUACCCAGUGGUUAUUUAAGUCUACCCAGUGAAAAUUUAGCCUCCCCGAUACCCGGCGAAUAGUUUGUUUCUACACGGCUGAUUUUUUGCGUCCCCGGUCACUUUCUAUUAUUACUUUUACAAGACCAGUUUAUUUCGUUGUUCUUAUUUGUUUAAAAGAAGCAAAAAUAUAAAAAAUUAUUACCAUGGACAAAAACAAACUACGUAGGGUACAGGUAAUCAAUCUUGCAUAAAAAGUGUAAAUACUUUAGCUCUUCUCGCUACAGCAAUAUGUAAAAGGUGUUCAAAAUUUUCAUGCCGGUAAAGAUGUAUGGCCUACCACCCCUUUCCGUUUUUAUGGGAAGUACACAACUAGUUGAAAAUAGACCAACCCAGGUAAGCUUUCUCCGAGAACCCAGUGAAGAUAUGGAUUUUACAGGGUCUGUUACAGAUGGGUGUCUUAGAAAAGGCUCUCAGUGUCUUUGUACAAAGAAGCAAAAGCAUCUCCUGAAAUAAAUAAUGAUUUAGAAGUAGUACAUCCGGCACAAAGUGGUUCUUCGUCUACCUGAUUCCUGGUCGAAUUAGAAUUUGGAAGUGUUGGUUUUUGAGGAGAGGGGAAAACCGGAGUACCCGGAGAAAAACCUCUCGGAGCGAGCAACAAACUCAACCCACAUAUGGCGUCGACGCAAGGAUUUGAACCCGCACCACAUUGGUCACCACAUCUGAAUUAAGACAGCUGUUUACCAAAUGGAGGUAGACGUGAAAACCUCGAGAAAUAUGGCUUAUAGUCAAUUCCAUGCCUGGCUAGCCCCCCGAGGAUUUGCUAAAUUACCUUUAGAAAGCUGCAAAAACUCCAUGGCUAGGCCAGCAAAUUCAUGUACAAAAGCCUCCAUAGAGCCCCGCCCCCAUGGACAGGGCAAGCUGAGGCAAAAGGUGUGUUUCCCAAAAAGAAGCUAAAAAUCGCAAAUUCACGCAGCGCGUAAGUGUACGAAUUAGUAUUAUUAUAUAAAUUCACUACUGAAUUUGAUAAACAACAGCAAAAUGCCUUGCCAAAUUAACUUCAAUGUAGUACCGAUAGGAGAACGCCUUGAGGCUGUAAAAUUUUACUGCGACGAGGAAUCGUUCUUUUGUUUCAAAAAUGUAACCUUUGACGCAUAACAGCGAAAAUUCAUUGUAUUGCGCUUCGCGUUUUGGAAACUUCAAAGGGAUUUUGUUUUUUUCCCUUCCGUCAAUCAUCUGAGUGGGGGCGGCCAGGCGAGACUAUGCAAACCACAAUGCAACGUGCUCGUCGCCAUGCAUGGCCCGAAAAAAACGAUAACCCUUUUUUUCGAUAAAACAGGUUACGAUUCACGCUUUUUUGUAAAUGACAUAAUAAGCAGGCCGGUGAUAGCAAGAGCACAAAAUUGUUUAACUAUAAGCCCGUGCUCUAGUCUCAAGACAGCUGUUGGUUUGCCUCAAUGCUAUAUUAUUUUUCUUCAUCUACACUUUUCAAAUGAUGCAAAAACAUUCUUCGGCCUUACCUUUUUGUUUACUCAUCCAGGAUCCAGACGCGUUUGCCUUUGCUUGGCAAAAGACGGGCACCUCCGAAGGUGGUACUCAGUUACGAUACAACUAUUACCCAAUGAUAUCAGACCUUAGUAAAAUCAAGCCGGGUCAGAUUCGCUGUGGGGAACACACGGAUUAUGGUGGGAUUACACUGCUGUUUCAAGAUGAUGUUGGUGGAAUGGAGGUCAGAGAUAGAAAACCUAGUUUUGAUACUAUCCGCAUUACGUCUUAUACUAGAAAUGCAUUUAUCGCGAGGGUGUAAGGCGGCAGCAUUGUAAAUAAAGAGAAACAAGCCUGUGGGUAAAAAAAAUGUAUGGUAAAAAAAAAACGGCCAAAAAAGGUUCAAAAAGACACCUUGGCCAAGAGUUACUGCGCCACGUUAUCAAAUAUUUAUUUUACCGGUGGACGCAAUUUGAAGCUGGUGGAGCUGUAUUUACCUAGAAUUAACAGAUAUAUUCGAGGCAAAUGAUCAGGGAUUUGACAGUGAAAGCCGUAAUUCAAAAACACUCCAGUUUCAACGCAUUUGAAGAAUAUAUGGCGUUGGGAAUUUCAACAAAAUUAUAAACUCGCUCUGCAAGAAAAUGCUCCUUGCCCUCCUAUAAAUGAUAUAUGCUCUUAAAGGAUUUUUCAUAUUACUUCAAAAUCACCUUUUGUUUUAUGCCAACAUAGUUAAACAGCAUGUAUGUACGUUCGAUUCAGGUGAUCAAUAAUGUUGAUGGACAGUUUGUAUCCGCCACGCCCAUGAGAGGAGCAGUGUUAGUUUUCAUUGCUGACUUGAUGCAGAGAUGGACAUCAGACCGAUACAAGUCUGUGGUGAGUUUAAAAAAUAACACCGACCUUGACCCCUUGACCAAAAACAUUACCACAAUCCAUGAACGGUUAAUAAUAUUUAUAAUUUUUAUUAUAUGGCUGAGUCUGUUUUCGCCAUGCGAUUGGUCAAUUUGCGGUCCGUAACUUGCUAUACGGACCAAAAUUUCAAAGCAAAUGCUCAUUUCGGAGCUCUAAAUCUCUUUACCUCGGAAAAAAAGGUUGAAAUUAAUGUCAACCUUGAGGACUUAGAUUUUGACUUUGUCCUUCAAAACAUUUUAAUUUGUGAACGAAGGCGAUGAAGAAACUAACUCGUUAUCUUAUCGAAGAGGAUUCUAGUAAGUGUUUGAAAAUUUUAUCGUAGUACACAGUUAAGAAGACGAAAGUCGACUGGCAGAGAUUCGAGAUGUUUUGCCUAAGAGAAAAUGAGUAAUUCCUGCGACAAAUAUGAUAACAAACAUGCCUGCACCCGAUCAUCUUGACGAGGUUCUUUGUCAGUGUUUUUCCAAAGACCAACGAAAGAAAGAUAGAAGCGACUCCGAGCCAGACACAUUAGGGCCAUUUAUACGAGGAAAAAUAAGACGCGUGUUAAAUAAGAUGCGAACUGUACCAUUUAUACGAGCAUGUCUUAUCUAAUAAGACGCGUCUUAGCUAAGCCGCGUCUUAUUUUAGACGAAAUGUGCCGUUUAUACGGAAAGUUCGCGUCUUAUUUAAGACGCGUCUUAUGUAAGACGCGUCUUAUUUUUCCUCGUAUAAAUGGUCCUGUCCAGUUUUCAAAAGAAUCCAGUGUCACAUUGACGAGUGAAUACUUACAGUGCUCUUAGUUUUGACCGAAUAUACUUAAAAAUAUGUCUGUAAAUAUAAACCCUGAGGACUGGGAUGUUGACUUUGCCUUUGCAGAUUUUAACCUAGCUUUGUUUGAAUGAGAACGAAGCUGAUGUAGAAACUGAAUCGUAACCAAGAAAAUAUGGUCCUUGUUUGAAAAUUUUAACGCAGAUCACGCUUGAAGACGUGAAUGAACUGGCAGAAAUUCGAGAGGUUUUCCCAAAAAAAUUAACGAGCGAAUCCUUCGAUAAUGGCAACAAACUUACCUUGAAAAGCGUCGUUGCCUUUUGCAGUGUUUUUUUUCCAAGGACCAACGGAGGAAAGAGGGAAAUGACUUCGAGAGAGACAGUGCCCGGUUUCCAAAAUACUCCAGCGUUAUAUUUAAGAGCUAAAACUUACAGCGCUCUUAGUUUUGACCAAAUAAACAUUUUCAACAUGGCGAAUUUGUUUUCACUUUCUCGGAAACCCUUUGUUGUGUGCUAUUGUUUUCGUGAGCCAAUAAAAACUUUCUUUCUUGGCGCCUGUCAAAUGAUUGUCAAAUCGCGCGUCCUGGGCUGAGUUGCUCAAAGCAUGGUUAGCUUUACCCAAUGGUUAAGCAGUAUCAAAACCAAUACGUUGUCAAGGUAUUAAACGCGGGUUAAUGCUAACCAUGCUUCGAGCAACUGGGCCCUGCACUUGUUUCCGGUCCCCCAAACUGGAGGAAGCCAUAUAAUAAACAUCUUAUUAGCCUCGUUUUUUCGGUCCGUACUGUCAAUUACGGAUCCUCGUUUUUUCCCAUCGAUUUAAGGGUGAAUCGCGUUUUGUUGGCUAAAGUUGUUUUGUCGCGAUAUUGUUGACCAAAUAGUUGGAUUUUACUGAAUCAAUUAUUCCUGGAACCUUCAUGGCCCAUAAGUCAAUAGCCUAUGAGGCCGAAGGCCGAAUGGGCUAUUUAACAAUUAUUCCACGAGGGCGCGUUGGAUAUGAGAUGAUAGAUAGCCAAAGAGGCGCGUAGCGCCGAGUUGGCUAUAAUCAUCUCAUAUCCAACAAGCGCGAGUGGAAUAAUUGUUUUAUUAAAAACGCCCACAAAAUCUCGUUGAAUCUCCUCGACUAGAACAAACCGGAAAAGACAAGGGACUUCCGCUAUUCACAUGUCACACGUCUAUCAAAACUGUCAACGAGCGAACGGACUCGCCUGGACUGCAUGAAUGAAAAAUCAAAACAUUGUAGCAAUGAACAUUAGUUUUUUAAAAACUCAUCGGGAUUCUAGGAUUUUACACAGCAGAACAGCUAAAAAACCUGGCAGAUAAUGUGACGGAAAAGAAUUUUUAAGUGACAGCCGUCGAAAUUACUGUGAAUUUGGAUUUUCGGUGCAGUUAUAAAAGCAAGAACAACGGAGAAAAACUAUUACCUCGGUCGCUUGUUAUGAAGUUGUUUGAAGCCACAAGCUGGUUUUGCUGAACGAGAAAAGAAGCUAUACUGCCGCCUCGAUUGCUCUAGUGAAUGGCUGCAUGGCCUGUAUUUGUAGCUGGCUACUUGUGACUUAUAUUCUUGAUGUCGGAUAAACAAGCCGCAGUUAUCUUUCGGCGGGUGACUCGAUCGGCGAAUGGCUUCGCGAUCAUGAAGAAACAACACUUGUCUUCUUUCGUAGCUGGUCAAGGUACUUUAGCUCCAUGUGUUUUCAUGUGUUUUUCGACAAACUUUCAAACAAGCUCUUGUGGCUUUUUUGUUUGUUUUUGUCUUUUUUCUUUCGAUGAAAUUGCAUUUCUAGUAUUCUAAGAAAUGAAUUAAAACGAUUUGCUUCGGGCGCCGUUCUAUCCUUCGCGAAAAAAUAUCUCAGCCAGCUUUCAAUUUUAAACUGACGCGUACACCAACCAAAAAUGGAGAGCAUGGUAUAAUGGCUCAUAUACCAUAACGGCUAAGCCAAUCAAAAUACUAGAAUUGCAUUAUCCAAUGAUUCAGUUUUUAAUAAUAGUCAUUAUUAAAAACUGAAUCAUUGGAUAAUGCAAUUCUAGCAUUUUGAUUGGCUUAGCCGUUAUGGUAUAUGAGCUAUUAUACCAUGCUCUCCAUAUAUGGUCGAUGUACGCGUCAGUUUAAAAUUGAAAGCUAGCUGAGAUUUUUUUUCGCGAAGGAUAGAACGGCGCCCGAAGCAAAUCGUUUUAAUUCAUUUCUUAGAAAACUAGAAAUGUAAUUUCAAUGAAAGAAAAAAGACAAAAACAAACAAAAAUGCCACAAGAGCUUGUUUGAAAGUUUGUCGAAAAACACAUGAAAACACAUGGAACUAAAGUACCUUGACCAGCUACGAAAGAAGACAAGUGUUGUUUCUUCAUGAUCGCGAAGCCAUUCGCCGAUCGAGUCACGCGCCGAUAGAUAACUGCAGCUUGUUUAUCCGACAUCAAGAACAUAAAUCACAAGAAACCAGCUACAAAUACAGGCUAUGCAGCCAUUCACUAGAGCAAUCGAGGCGGUAGUGUAGCUUCUUUUCUCGUUCAGCAAAACCAGCUUGUGGCUUCAAACAACUUCAUAACAAGCGACCGAGGUAAUAGUUUUUCUCCGUUGUUCUUACUUUUAUAACUGCACCGAAAAUCCAAAUUCACAGUAAUUUCGACGGCUGUCACUUAAAAAUUCUUUUCCUUCACAUUAUCUGCCAGGUUUUUUAGCUGUUCUGCUGUGUAAAAUCCUAGAAUCCCGAUGAGUUUUUAAAAAACUAAUGUUCAUUGCUACAAUGUUUUGAUUUUUCAUUCAUGCAGUCCAGGCGAGUCCGUUCGCUCGUUGACAGUUUUGAUAGACGUGUGACAUGUGAAUAGCGGAAGUCCCUUGUCUUUUCCGGUUUGUUCUAGUCGAGGAGAUUCAACGAGAUUUUGUGGGCGUUUUUAAUAAAACAAUUAUUCCACUCGCGCUUGUUGGAUAUGAGAUGAUUAUAGCCAACUCGGCGCUACGCGCCUCUUUGGCUAUCUAUCAUCUCAUAUCCAACGCGCCCUCGUGGAAUAAUUGUUAAAGAGCCCAUUCGGGCUCUAGGAAUAAUUGUUAAAGAGCCUUUUCACUCACGUGGCCUGCGGCUAUUCAAAUUUAGUAUAUACUAAAACAGUGGAUAGUGUUUUUCGAUUGCUCUGAUUGGCUACUCAAAGUCGGGAUAUCCAGUACUAUUCACUAACUCACCCGCCAGCUCCUUCGAGCGAGCGACGCCGGCGCGUAAUGGUUUCCCGGUUUGCUGCCGUAACAAACAAAGAAAUUUCACAAAUAAUCAAACACGCUGUUCCCAAAAUUCACCAAUAAUGUGACAAAAUUCGGUUUGGAAGCUUAAACAGGCGAAGCUUUGUCUGUUUGACUUGAAAUUACCGAUAAAACCGUUGAAAAAGUUUUUUGUUUACAAAUGCAAAUUAAGUCUUGUGUUACUUUAUUUAGCUGACAUGUUCAUACAUGAAGCUUAAAACUAAAUUUAAUAGUUUCUUACAGAAUGGUUUCAAAUACAAAAAGAAUUCAUAACUCCUUUAGAAGAAAUCUCCCCUCAAUAGCUAAACAAACGCCUUCAUAAGUUUUAUUUGUCGGCAAGAAAACGCGACGGCCGUUCGGUCAUUUGGUGCCAAAAUUGUAAUCGUUGGCAGCAGUCAGAAUGAGUUAAAAACCGCCAUUUUUUUUUUUUUUUUUGCUCAAUUA